AUGUUUCGACUAAUCUUUUAUUUGACUCUGCUUCUAGUAUUCCAGAGAGCAAAUUGUGUUUUGAAUUCUGUUUAUGAAGAAUUUAAUAACAAACAGAUUGUGUUAACUACAAAUUGGAUCUGUAAAGGCUCAAGUACUCAUCCAACCUCUGUAUUCACUUGUAGUAAAGGAAUGGAUUUAGUAGAGCUAAAAGAUAAAAAUUAACCAUGCCAUCAAAUUUUGAACACAAUUGACACAAUUCUACCUCACUUUAGAAUAUAAUUGUAUAUUGAUAUAUAUAGUUAUUAUUCCAUUGAUGAAAAUGAAUAUUUUAGGGUAGAAAUUUUAGAAAAUUCUUUCCAUGAAGAUUUGUACCUACAAACUGCAUCUGGUCAAAACUUAUAAUAGUGCUCUACAUAUAAUGAGAAGUUGUCCCGAAAAUCCUACUUGAAAGAACUUCCCCAUUCUUAGUAAUAAGUGAAACUUUAAUUACAAAGUACAGCUAAUGAAUAAUUUAUUAAUGAAAGCUUUUUAUUUAGAAAUGUCUAAUUGAUUUUAGAGAGAUGUUACAAGACUUGUAAGACUUGUUCAGGAGAAGGAAAAGAAUAGUGCUUAUCUUGUUAUGAUGAUAUUAUUUUAUCUAAUAAUUCCUGUGAUUCUUGUAAGAAUAAAUUAGGUUAGAAUUUCCUCCAAAUUCCAGGUGGAUGUUAAAAUAAAUGUAAUAAUAAUUAAGACUAUGAUGAAGAUUAAGUAUGUAUUGAAAAUAUAAGUAAUAAAUAAUAAUAUUUCUUAGAUAUUUAAUUUAAAUGUGAAGUUGAUUGUGAAUAAUGUACUUACACAUAAAGAUGUUUAAUUUGUAAACCCUAAAAAUAUCUCUAUUUUGGGUAAUGUAUUGAUAAAUGUCCAAAUUACACAAUAGUAAAUGGAACUAAUUGUUUAAGUAAUAUUGACAUUCUUUAAAAGAAUAAAAAUUUAAGAAUUACUGAAUUGGUUAGAGAAUUUCAUGAUCUAUCAACAACAAAAAGCUCUACAAAUGCGAUAUUUUAAAUGAUAUCAACAACGACAAAUAAUGAAUAUAGUUUCUAAAAAGGUGUGAUGAUAUUUAUUAUAGCUAUUUUUCGAAUAAAAGAAUAUUUGGAGGACCAUUAGUUUGGGUUAAUGCAGUAUUUAAAUUUUCUAAAAGUUGGACCUAAGAGUUCUUAUUUAUUAGAAUAUUUUUUGAAGUGAUUGUAGGAGAUAUUGAGUUAUGUAAAAACAAAUUUAAAUAUAAGUUUAAUGAUCAAGAAUAAGAAAGCUUAACUUUAAAUUCAACUUAUUAAGGAAAUAAUUUAAAUAUAGAUGAUUAAAAAUGGCCUAAUAAUUAUAUAUUAUAUCUCUAUAAAGUAGAUAAAUCUAUUAAUUACUAAAUAUCAACAAAUAAGGAAUUAACUUUGGAGAUUGCAUGUUAAAAUGAUAAUCAACUUGGAUUUUGUGGAAUUUAGAAUAUGGUUGUAGUAGGACUUUCUAAUUGUUUACCUGAAUAUAACUUUGACUUGUAUUAUUAUGAAACUGGUAGAAAUCCUUGCAUUCCGAUUUGUGGUGAUAAAAUAACUGUUGGAGAUGAAUAAUGUGAUGAUGGUAAUAAUGAUCCUUUUGAUGGAUGUUUUAAUUGUAGAUAUUAAUGUGAAGAUCAUUGUUCUAAUUGUGUAUAUGGUUAGUGUAUUGUUAAAAAAAUAAUAUAAAAGUCUUUUGAAAUACAGAUAGAAAUGGUUGAAUACAUAUUGUCUUAUGAUUUGGAUGUCGUUUAAUUAUCAUGUAUAUUUUAAUGUAGUAUAUGUAUAAAAAAUCUUUGUCUGUAAUGCAAUUAUGGGUAUUAUUUAAACACAUAUAAUAAUUUAUGUGAAAGUGUCGAAGAUCAAUCUCCUUAAAAAGUGAAUCAAAUUUAAUUAAUAGAAUGUGGAAAUGGAAUAAUUGAAGGAUUUGAAUAGUGUGAUGAUUAAAAUAUUAUUAAUGACGAUGAUUGUGAUAAUUUUUGUAAACUUUCAUGUUAUCCAAAUUGUGAAAUAUGCAUUAAUGGAUUUUGUGUUAAAUGUGAAAUCGGAUGGAUAUUAGGAAAUAUGGGAUGUUAAUCUAUCUGUGGAGAUUCUUAAAUUCAAGAUCAUGAAUAAUGUGAUGAUGGUAACUCAGAUGACUAUGAUGGUUGUUCUAAAUGUGAAUUGAUUUAAUAUGAAAAAUGUGAUAAAGGAAUGGAUAUCCAAUAAUAUCAUUGCGCUGUCUGUCAUUAUGGUAAAUGCAUAAAAUGCAAUGAUGGAUUCUUAUUAGAUGGUGAUCUUUGUGUUUAAAUAUGUGGCGAUGGUUUGCUAAAUCUACAAGAAGAAGAAUGUGAUGUUUAAAGAGGAGAUGGAUGUAUCGAUUGUAAAAUAUAGGAUGGUUAUGUUUGUGGAAAAUUAAACUAUUCAAUUUGUAACACAUGUGAUACUGAAUGUACUUAAUGCAUAAGUUUAGAUAAAAUCAAUUUAAUUUGCAAAUCUUGUCUUGAUGGUUAUUAUCCUGUGGAAUAUAAAUGUUAAUAAUGUGAUUCAAAUUGUAUUACUUGCAAUUUUCAAUCAAAUUUAUGUACAUCUUGUUAUAGACCUGAUUGUGAUCAUUGUGAAUCAAUUCCUGGUCUUUAUUCUGACCAAACUACUAAAAAAUGCAAUUCUAUUUGUGGUGAUGGAAUUGUCGUUGAAAAAUAUGAAUAGUGUGAUGAUUAUAAUCAAAAUAAUGGAGAUGGCUGUGAUUCUCAAUGUAAUUUAGAAAUCUCAGAUCAAGAAGUGAAUUAAAUAAAGGAUUAUCAAUCCUACGCAAAUAAUACAUAUCAUUUGAAAUUAAUUACUGAUUAUCAAUUCAAAAUUUUAUGCAACACUGCUAAUAUAACUAUAGACAAUAUGGAUAUUUAAGAUUAUAACUAUAAUUGCACUUAAAUUGAUAUCUUAACUUGUAAUUUAUAAUUUGAUUUCAAGAAAUCCAUUUAUAAAUUUAAUACAAUUCAUGCAAUAAUAUAAUAUACAAAUUCUAUAAACAGAUUACUUUUUGAAGUUAGAAGUGUUUAAUAUGAUAUAACACCAUCCGAGUAUAUUGUUUUGGAAAAAAAUAACUAAAAACAAAAAGAAUAUAUCUAAAGUGCUCAAUAAUCUUUUAGUUUAACAUUUUUAUUGCUGAUACCUAUAUCUAUUAUUUUUAAUCUUUUUAAUUGCUUAUGGGCAGUUCUAGAAAUAUUAAGUUGGAUCAAUAAUUUUUAUUUUCUUAAUGUUAAUUAUCCUUUCAAUGUCGAAUUAUUCUUCUUAAAUAGUGAUUGGUCAAACCUCAUAGGCUUUCCAACUUAUUAAGGAUUGAAUCAACCUGAUUGUAAUUAUUACUUUGAAGCUCCAAAAAGAUUCAAAGAUAAAGGAAUAGAUCCAUUAUUCUUUAAUAACAUAUAAACUCCAUUUAUGUUUUUACUAACUUUUAUCAUCAUUUUCCUAAUAAACUAUCUAUUUUAUUCAUUCUUUUCUCUACUUGAUAAUACUUUGAAACGAAAGAUAUCUUAAAAAGACAAAAAGUUUAGUAUUUUUAAUAUUUAAAUAAAAAAAUAAGGCUGUUAAAAUUAAAUCAAAGUUUAACAAUAAAUGGUAGUAUAAAAUCCAUAUAUGAAAUAUAUUACUAAUCUUUUGGAGAGAAAUUCAGUUAACCUCAUAAAAUAAUUUAAAUAAACAAUUUCAUUAUGUUUAUUAGAUAUUACAUUAGCUAUUUUACUUUAGUUAUCAUAUUCAAAAAAUAAUUCAAAUAUCAUAGUCGGUUUCAAUCAAUUUGUUGCAAUAAUAACAAUAGGUAUAAUCAUAUUUUAAUUGUACAUGUAAUAUUAAAUUUUGAAUAUUCAUAAGCUUAAAGCUAAAAAUAAACAUUUUGAGGAAUUAUAUGGAGUUUAUUAUGAAAACAUCAAUAUUGAAAAUUCAUUUGGAUAUUAUUAUGAGUUUUUUGGAUAAAUAAGCAAAAUCUUAUAUAUCUUUUUCAUGGUUAAUUCAUACUCUACCCCUAUUUUGUAAGUAACUUUAUGUUAUCUAUCCUCAUCUUUAAAUUUUGUUUUCUUAUUAUAUUAAAAUCCAUAUCAUUCAAAAAAAGAAUAUGUGAUAUAACUAAUAUUAAAUUUUUGUAUAAGCUUCAUAAUAUUUAUAGUUAUUUCAUUUGCUAUUAAUGAUCAAAUAAAUGUAGAAUUUAUUGAGAAAAACAAAAAUACUUUAGGUUGGAUAAUUAUUGCUUUAGUCAUACUAGCAAUUUUAACUGAAUUUUGCAUUUUAAUUUUUGGUUUACUUAAACGUAUUUUCGAAAUUUUUAAAUCUUUAUGGAAUCUAAUUAAAAAGGAUAAAAUAUAAAAUAAUAGCAAUUAACAUUAAGAAGAAUAAUUUUAGUAAUAAGAAAUAUAAGUUUAUACUAAAAAUAUUAGUACGAAUAAAGUAGGCUCAUAAAAUCUGAGAUGUUAAAUUGUAUUAUUUUGA